UUGUCAGAACACACGCCGGGUCUGUGUGAGGCUGCAGGCUCCGCGGUGAUGCCCCAGUGGGGCAGAUUCCUGCAGAAACCCACGCGCAAACGCACCGCAGCGCACCGCACAAACCCCCGCAGGGGAGGGGGGAAACUGGAACACGCCUGGGCUUCCUUCAGACCGGAUUUCCAUGCACACUGAUGCUCGGAUCUAAACCCCCCCGGAUAAAUAAGCCACGCUCCUUCCAUUCCCAGCCCACACCGGGGUGAUGCGGGGCAGAUUCCUGCAGAAACCGACGCGCAACGGCACCGCAGCGCACCGCACAAACCCCCGCAAGGGGGGUGAAAAACGCCUCCGCUUCCUUCAGACCGGAUUUCCAUGCACACUGAUGCUCGGAUCUAAACCCGCCGGAUAAAUAAGUCACGCUCCUUCCUGUGAGGCUGGAGGCAUCGCGGUGAUUCCUGCAGAAACCGACGCGCAAACGCACCGCAGCGCACCGCAACAAAAAACUGGAAAACGCCUCCGCUUCCUUCAGACCGGAUUUCCAUGCACACUGAUGCUCGGAUCUAAAAGAAAAGAAGUCACGCUCCUUCCUGUGAGGCUGGAGGCAAAGCGGUGAUGCCCAGCGAGCAGAUUCCUGCAGAAACCGACGCGCAAACGCACCGCAGCGCACCGCAUAAAAAACUGGAAAACGCCUCCGCUUCCUUCAGAACGGAUUUCCAAACUGAUGCUCGGAUCUAAAACCCCCUGGAUAAAUAAAUAAAUAAACCACGCUCCUUCCAUUCCAUUCCCAGCCAGCCCAAGCACCGGGACCAUGCGGAUGAUGCGCCACGGCCACUCUUGCGCGCAGCGGCCGCGGUGAUCUCCGGAUCUGCGGAUCUGCGGAGGGAGCGCAGCUUCCCCCACACGUGCAGCAGGAUGUUGGCUCGGUGCUACCGGGCCAAGCUGUCAGCCUGGGCCGCCCUGUGCCUGCUGGUGCUCUGCUGGUUCUACGUGUUCCCCGGGUACCGGCUCCCCCGGGACAAGGACAUCGUGGACGAGGUGCUGAGACAGGGACAGGGACCGGCGUGGCGCAGAAACCAGACCGGCGUCGACCUGCUCAGGAAGCUGCUGACAGAUUGCUGCGAUCCCAAGCGGAUGUUUGCCGUGACGAAGAAGAACUCCCCGAUGGGCAAAGCCCUGUGGUACGAUGGCGAGUUUUACCGCUGGCACACCGUGAACAACGACACCUACCCGCUCUUCGUGCAGGACAACCCUCUGCAGCUGCCGCUGAAGAAGUGUGCCGUGGUCGGCAACGGCGGCAUCCUCCGGCACAGCAACUGCGGGCGGGACAUAGACAAAGCCGACUUCGUCAUGCGGUGCAACCUGCCACCGCUCUCUAAGCAAUACGUGGAGGACGUGGGGACCAGGACUCACCUGGUCACGGCCAACCCCAGCAUCAUCGAGAAAAGGUUCCAGGGUCUGCUGUGGUCGAGGAAAGCCUUCGUGGACAGUAUGAAGGCCUACGGCUCCAGCUACAUCUACAUGCCGGCGUUCUCCAUGAGCACCGGGACCGAGCCGUCCCUGCGGGCGUACUACGCCCUGCAGGACUCGUCCUCCAACCUCACCAUGCUCUUCGCCCACCCGGAGUUCCUCCACUCGGUGGGCAAGUUCUGGAAGGGCCACGGCGUGCACGCCAAGCGUCUGUCCACUGGGCUGUUCCUGGUCAGCCUGGCGCUGGGUCUGUGCGACGAGGUGACGGUCUACGGAUUCUGGCCGUUCUCCGUGGACCUGGACGAGCGGCCCGUCAGCCACCACUACUACGACAACAUCCUGCCCUACACCUGGUUCCACGCCAUGCCCGAGGAGUUCGUGCAGCUCUGGCAGCUGCACAAGACCGGCACGCUGCGCAUGAGGGUGGGACGCUGCCCCCCGCAGAGCUAGAGCGCCCCCUGGUGGAGAGGAGCGAUAACGGGGGGAAAUGAGGAAUCCCCCAACCACAUCUUUGUUCGUACACAGAAGACACACCUCCAAUCCUCUACACUCCUUUACGAACUUGUUACACGUCCAAACGGUACGUGAUUGACAUAUGGGGCAGCUGGACCAAACCCCCCCCCUUUCUGGGUCUUUGUUAAAUUAAAAACAGAGACAGAGGGACUGAAGGGAAGGGGGGGGUGAUAAAGUGCACUGAAAGACGAGGAACAUGGGGAGAUAAUGGCGUCCUGGUACCUACUUGCUUGAAUAGGAGUGAAUUUACACUGCAAAAACUCAGUUAAAAAGCCUCGUUUCAAGAAAUGUUUUCAGACGUUUUCUGGUUUUACGAGUUUUAAUCAAGAAAAUCUUUCUUACUCCAUUGGCUGAGAUAUUUCUGCUAAUAAUAAGACAAAUUUGACUAGAUUUAGGAAUAUUAGCCUUAUUUCUAGCAGGGCUGUUUUUGCAGUGUAAUGGAAGGAGAAAAGGUUUUUUUAUUUUUUAUUUUCCAACCAGGCCCU